CUGAAAAAAUGUGUCGACGAUUAUAGGGUUAAACGUUCACCUCAUGUUCUUCAGCCAGAAUGAACUCUUCCGUUGAUUGACUGCUUGUACAGCCAAUCGGGACGCUCCUGUUUCGUCGGCUCACCAAUGCGCGCUGGCUGUGGGGGAACCCUGUUUGAUCCGACCGCUGUAAACAAAAAUGACCGAGUCUCACUUCUGCAUUAGCACCUGUCUGCAUCGGCCGGACUCUGGAGAGAAGACACAGCCGCGGGGUAUAGAUAAUGGUCAGUAAAUAAAUAGACAUGUGUGGUGUAUUGAUUCAGAAAUGAGGCUGAAGAGUUGUCCGGAAUUAUAGAUAAUUAAAAAAAAAAAAAAAAACGUUUUAUUAUUUUAUUUUUAAAUCGACAUAUUUUUUUUUUGGUUUGUUUAUUUUGCCCCCCCUCCCCCCUCCCCCCUUCUGGUUCAAAGAUGAAAACUAACAACAACGGAGACGCAGAGAAAAACGGGAGAGCUUUCAAGGGACCCAGUUACCCGGGGGAUCAGAAGGCUAAACUGAGUGCUAACGCUAAUAAGAAAUGGGUGAGACUCGCCACUGUGGUCGCUUAUUUCCUGUGCGUGUCCUUGGCUGCAGUCAUCCUCGUUAUUUAUUACGGGCUGAUCUGGGAGCCGGUGAAAAGAAUUCUAAGCGCCGGGCAAGUGGGUAACAUCAGUACCCUGGACAGCGACGCGUCAAUGAUGAACACAAAGGACGGCAAGGACACAGCGGGGGUGGAUGCCCUGGGGGCGGCGGGAGCAUACACUUCACUGCACAAAUCCUUUACCUUACUUCAAAAUAAAAAUACCACCAAUGUUACUGCUGUUAGCGCAGAUAACGCCAGUUCUGAACCGCUGCCGGCCCGCAGAGUUGAGGCAGCUUCUGUGUAUUUCUCAAGAAGCUGGGUGUCGAGGUACAAAAGGAGGUUGGUGCCGCAAUUAGGUUUGUUAUCGCGGCCUCUGAAGGGUCAGCGAGUUCGGCCUGGCCGGAAGAAGAAGCGGGUGAUGAUGUUUUUAGUGGCGAUGUGAUGAACCUCCCGCUUGCAACUGGUGUCCCCCGCGGCCACCAGCCCAGCGCUGUUGUUAAUUCGAGGUUUGUGAGAAGGGGGAAAAGAUCGGUCCACGACGAUGCAUCGAGCGCAACGGCCCCAAAACCGACUUUAAUAGGCGAUUAUGAAGAUGAUGUCAGCGCACCGCUUGUGACAGCAGCUGGGUCCGGGGAGCCGAGAAAGAAGAUUCUUCCGUGUUUGUGGCUGAGGAUUCCAAUCCAACUGAGAAACCGAUUAGUAUCGGUUCCACUGCCGCUGUCAAAGAGGUGCGGCGAUUAGUAUCGAUUCCACUGCCGCUGUCAAAGAGGUGCGGCGAUUAGUAUCGAUUCACUGCCGCUGUCAAAGAGGUGCGGCGAUUAGAACGCAGCGGCCGGAUGAGAAUUUCUUUUUUUUUUUUUUUUUAAGUUACAGUAAAAACAAUGUGAAGUGGGUUGACAUUCUAGACAUUGAAUUCUUAUUGAAUUUAAGAACUAAGCACCCCUCCCUUCAUCUUCCACUGCGCGAUUAGAGGUGAUGUUUUAUUGUGUUUGCCAUUCAGAAAGAAAGACAUUGCUGCCUGGUUAACUGGCGCAAGAUCCGCUUUUAAUCGGAAUAAUUGAUCUAAAGACUUUGAACUGUUACAUGGGAGGGAAAGUAACCGAGCUGUGUGGGGCGAUGACAUCAAAAAGGGACUGUCUUUACUUCGGUUGAUCUAGAGGCGGAUCGAAAUACCGCCACUUUUAAAAUCAUAACUUAAAAAAAAGAAGUUUUCUUUUGAUUUGUUUUUUCUACAGGCAGGAGUAAACCAAGGAGAUGUGCGCUGUUGUGUGUUUAUGAUUCAAAAGCUUGUGUCCUCCAUGAAUUAUUGAAACAGUGGCGGUAAUUCGAUCGACCGCCGUUUAGAUCCAUUGAGCUUAGCUUUGUGUUAGUGCCAAGAGUAGGCUAUUACAACGUAUUCUAAUAAUAGCACUGUCAGAUAAGAUGUGUAACCUGAUAUAUAAUACUGUCGAAACCGUUUGUAUUACUGUUGUUGUUUUUGCAGUUUGUUUAUAUAUAUAUAUAUAUAUA